AUGUCUUGCAUCUUUGUAUUUUUAGGGCAAGCAGGAAAUCAAAUCGGACAUGAAUAUAUGAAAUUGCUGAAUGGAGAAAAAACAGCAAGAAAAUCUAAGGGAUUUUUUGAUACGUUUUUCAAUACAGCUACCAACAAGGCUCGUGUAGUGAUGGUUGAUGCUGAGCCUAAAGUCAUCAAAGCAGCAUUGAGCGAUGAACGACAAUCCAAAUUAUCAUUGUAUGACACUAGGAAUGUUGUAUACUCGGAGAGUGGAUGUGGAAAUAAUUGGGCUCUUGGAUACAAUUUUACAGGCAAAGUUAAAAAUUUAACGAGCAACAUUUCUCUCACAGAAACCAACACGCUCGUUGAUGAAACAAUGGAACGAAUCAGAAGAGAAGUUGAAAGUUGUGACACUGUUCAGGCGAUCUUUGUAUUUCAUUCAAUGGGUGGAGGAACAGGAAGUGGGCUAGGUAGUCGUGUGAUUGAAGAAAUUAGAAUCAAAUACCCCUCUUACUACAUCUUUACCAUUUCCAUAGCACCGUUCCAACAUGGAGAAACUCCUCUACAACACUAUAACUGUCUCCUUACCCUUAAUCACAUCCAACAGUAUGCUGACGGUGUGUUCUUGUUUGUGAACGACGAUUUACUUCGUUCCAUUACCAAAAACGUGAAACGACAAAAUGCUGGCCAUUCUACGCUCAUGGAUGUGUCUUACUCUGUCUCGGAUAUCAACAAGUACAUUUCGUCGAGUUUAUGUGGACUAUUGCUUCCUUUGUACUCGAAGGAAACCAAAACAUAUACCCCUUUCGACACAUUCUCUCUUGUGAAUCAAGUAAUUCCAAUGAAGGAUGUCAAUUUCGUUGAAUUGCAUACUAGUGCUUUAUUAACACAUAACGCAACACAAUUCACUUCAUGGCAAUACAUUGCUGAGGAUUUAACCAGACAUGUACCAAUCUAUGACCUCGAAAAUAGCAAUAUCAAAACUAUUUAUGCUAAAGCUAUGGUAAGAGGUGGUUUGCAAACUUCGCACGAUGUAGAUAUUAUCAAAACUGUUUUACAAAAACAGGCCUUUUCCCCAGUCGAAUGGAUGAAAGGUCGUAAAGAAGAAUUUCAGGUACAGGUUUCAAGUGAUGAAGCAUUGAAAAGUUACAAACUUCCCUAUUCUUUAACUGUUUGUGCCAAUAGAACAAGCUUUAUGCAACUCUUUAAUCGAGUGCUCACCAAAUCCUACACCAUGUUGCAGUCGGGUGCAUACAUCAACUGGUAUCAAAGACAUGGACUUGAAAGACAGAUUUCGAAGAAGCAAUCUGCAACUUGCAAAGUGUCGUUGACAAUUAUGUCGAAUUAA